AUGAGCAUAUCCAACGAAAAAGCGUCAAAUGUACCAACUGAUGCUGCCGACGAGUCCACCAUGAGCUCGGUUGUAGGUGAAAGUAAGAAAGGCAAACCGAAACACAGAAAUUCAGCGUCAUCAGCUACAGUGUCUUCAAUCACGAGUAAUGACAUCUACAGUGCAUUUGGAGUUGAUCGGCCCAGCAGUGGCAAAGUGAGCAAACUCCUCCAACCAAAACAAAGAAAAUCAGUGUCAUCAAUCACAGUAUCAUCCACCACAAGCAGCGAUAUCUACAGCGCUUUUGGAAUCAAGCGAAGUGAAGAAGAAGUAUCUGAUAUGGGAAUUGAAAUCGAUUUUGGUAACUUCGAUCCAAAAGCAGCAGCAAAGAAGCCAAAAAAGAAAAAGAAGAAGGCUUUGAAAUCGAUGGAGAAGCCUACUCUGAAGGGUAUUCCAGACGAAAUGCCCGCUCUGGAAACCAUUCCUGACGAAAAUCCUGUUGUUGAAGCUGCUGCUGAUGAAAAUCUUAAUCCUGGAAAAACUACUUCUAAAGUCCAACCAACUAUUGAAGCUGUUCCUGAAAAUAUUAUCAGCAAUUCAGACAGCCCCAUGGUACCUAUUGGAGAUUUGCAAGACAAGGAUAGUAUCGAGCAGGCGGCUAUUGAAACAAGCUCGACGUCCCUCAAAAUCCUGCCAGAGCCGACCAAUAGCAACUAUUUCCAAAGUUCCUAUACAGCAGAAAUGGAAGGUGUGCUCGAGGAUGUGGAAGCUCAAACGUCAAGUACAGGGCAGGCGAAGCAAGAGAAAUGUUUUCAUGAACCCACAAGAGCGAAAAAGGGAAAUCGAAAGUUGAAGUUAUGCCUGUUACUAUUCUUGAUUUUGGUCAGCGCCAGUGCAGGAGCCGCGUAUUAUCGCUUGAACAAACAAAGAGCAGUGAUGAUAACGAUGACGAAAACAACGGCAAUGAAGGAAGAAGAGGUUUCUCCAACAACAACAGUGGAAACAACAAGGGCAAUAUCACUCAUUAUAGGGGCGAUGACUAAUGACAGAUGCCUUUUCUCAUUUGGUGUCUCGAUUCCUUGGAGCUGGUUGUCCAUGCAUAGAACCAGUCGCCAAUAG